AUGUUCUCCCAGAAAGUUGCUCAGCAGUCGCUGCGACGGCUCGCCGUCCAGCAGCCCUAUGCCGCGCAGUGGUCCAUGAUGAAGACCGCCUCUCCUGCGGCCGUCGCUAUGGGAAAGAACAUCCAGACCAGAUCCGUUCAAUCGACCACCGACCCCGACCCUACCAAGAUCCUCGCCAAGCAGCGUUUGAACCGCCCUGUUUCCCCCCACCUUUCCAUCUACCGCCCUCAGAUCACCUGGAUCGGCUCUAGCUCCCACCGUAUCACUGGUAUCUUGCUGUCUGGCAGUCUCUACCUCUACUCGACUGCAUACCUCGCCUCUCCUCUCAUGGGCUGGGACAUCGGCUCUGCAUCUUUGGUCGCUGCUUUCGGUGCUCUUCCCAUCGCCGCCAAGGUCGCUCUCAAGGGAACCAUGGCUUUCCCCUUCGUCUACCACACAUUGAACGGUAUCCGACACUUGGUGUGGGAUACUUGCUCUGGAAUUACCAACCAGCAGGUCAUCAAGUCUGGCUGGACUGUUGUCGGCUUGACUACCGUCAGCGCGAUUAUCCUUGCUUGCCUGUGA